AUGGCCGAUAUCGAGAGCCCUAGCCCUGCGCCGCAGCAGCAGACUCCUACCAAGUCUCCCUUCCAAACAAUUCGCACGGAUGGCCGAGCCUUCAACUCAGCCAAUUGGCGCACCAAGGAUUCCAGCCCUGCAACUCCCUCACGUACCAAUGCCAGCCCGAACGGCAGCCCGAACCCGAACAAUACCUCCCGAGCGGCAUUCAGUCGGCCCGGUGCUCAUGUUUCGCAAGCAAUCAACGAUGGCCGACGGCUGUACGUAGGCAAUAUGCCUUAUACGGCUAAGGCGCAGGAUGUUGAGUCACUGUUCAUUGCUGCCCAGAUGCCAAUUGAGCGUAUAGAUAUUGCCAUUGACCCUUUCACUGGACGCAAUCCCUCCUACUGCUUCGUCGACUUGCAGAAUAAAGAUCAUGCCGAGCGUGCUAUGACUGAGCUCGACGGUACCAACAUGCUUGGUCGCCCUGUCAAGAUCAAGCCCGGUGUCGCAAAGUCUCAGGAGCGCAUCAACAACCCUCCUUCGCCAUUCCGAGUUGAGGGCUGGCGCGAACAAAGCAAGCCUAGCUUUGCCAAGGUUAACAGCGACUCCAGCAGUCGCGUCUAUGUCGGUGGUUUGCCGAGAUUGACUGAGCAUGAAGUUGUCCAGAGCAACAUUGAAUCUUUUUUCAAGGAUUUCAAGGUUGAAAAUGUCAGCAAGCUGUUCACUCCUCACCCUGCUAAGAGAUUCGAGCCUGGCGAGCACUACUAUCUGUUCGUCGAUGUCGGUACUCCCGAAGAAGCUCAAAGAGCCAUGAAGACAUUGAAUGGCCAGUCUGGACCUUGGGGUGGCCCCCUGCGCGUACAAUACGCGCGUGGUCCUAAGACCAACGACCAAGAUGCUUGA